AGAAGUCCGUUGCAGCAGUUUAGAAGACUGUCAUCUCCUGAGUAUCUGCCUUUUCUUCUAGAACUUUCUAUCCGGAGUGUUGAUUACUGUGGGGGCCACGUGAACCAACAUGGAGGAGCGAGACCCAACGUGCCUCACACCGGGGGCGGCCUCAUAUAGAGAAGGAAAAGUUCUCCCUGGCAACCAGGCUGGGAGCAUCAGGGAAUUCUUGCAGAGGAUGCCUCUAGGUCAGGUUAAACAAGAACCGGAUGAGGCGCUGCUUCAGCACUGGGAAGCCCAAUGGCAGGACUUCCUGAAGAAAAUGGAGUCUCCUCAGUAUGACUGGGGGAUUCUGCAACCGUCGGAGGAAACCACACCCUGGGUUGACACAAAAGGGUUUUUGGCUUCCUUCGAGCAAGUGGCCGAGGCCUGUCGGUGGCCCAAGGCAGAGUGGGCGGCCCGGCUCCUGCCAGCCCUCAGCGGAGAAGCCGAGCAGGCCUUUAUUAGCCUGGAGGGCCGAGACAGAGAGGACUAUGGGAAAGUGAAGGCGGCCAUCUUGCGAGGAGACGCCAUCGGUAGGGAGAAGCUACGGCAGCAUUUCCGCCGUUUCUGCUACCAGGAGGCCGAGGGGCCGAGAGGGGUUUACAGCCGGCUCCAGGAACUUUGCCGCCGGUGGCUGAAAGUCGAGAGACACUCCAAGGAGCAGAUUUUAGAGGUGCUGAUCCUGGAGCAGUUCCUGGCCAUCCUCCCCUCGGAGAUCCAGAACUGGGUCAGAGAACGGGGCCCCGAGACCUGCGGCCAGGCUGUGGUCCUGGCCGAGGAUUUCCUGCACAUGCAACAAGAGGCCGCGAAGCGGGAAAGACAGGUAGCUGAGGAGGAGGGGGUGACUGCAAAUCCCUCUGAGGUAGGCCGGGCCUUGCCUGACCUCAAGCAGAAGCCUCUGUGUGCAGAGACCAAGCAGGAAGAAGAUGGGGGAGAGGCCGGCCUGUUGGGUGGUCAAGGCUGGUUGACCGCAGAUGUCGGCGAGGCGUAUCCGCCAGAAGAUUCACAGCGGGCGGGACCGCGUGGCUUUGCACCGGCGAGCGCAGAAGGAGCCAUUCUCUUGGGCUGCAGGCAGGAAAAGGCCUCUGGGAGUCAGCACAGAGCGGAGUUCCAGCAGGAAACGCGCCCAGAGGAGAAAGUGGCGGGUUCUGCUCCUUACGGAGACGGUUACGCGGAUUUCGGGGGGACGGCCGUCCACCAAAGAAUCCACACGGGUAAGAGGCACAACGCCUACGGCGCUUACGGGAACAACUUCGCCCGUAGCUCCAGCUCCGCUACGUACAAGCGGAUGCGCCAGGGAGGCAAAUCGCACGUGUGUUUGGUGUGCGGGAAGUGCUUCCUUUACAGCUCGGGGCUGGCCACCCACCAGCGCAUCCACACCGGGGAGAAGCCCUACGUGUGCGCGGAGUGCGGGAGGACCUUCGUCUGCAGCUCGGAUCGGAACCGCCACCAGAGGACGCACACGGAGGAGACGCCCUACGAGUGCGCCGAGUGCGGGAAGCGCUUCCGGCAGCGGUUCAGCCUCAGCCGGCACCGCCGGACCCACGCCGGCGAGCGCCCCUAUCCGUGCUCGGGAGGCCGGGGAAACUCUGUUGUGACGUGAAAGGCCCCCCUCCCCUUUGAAACAGACAGACGCUCGUGGGGCGGAGUCCGUCUCCGCAAGAGGGCAACGCGGAACAGUCUGGCCAGCUAUUCAAAAGGACAAGCGCCUUUAGA